CGCUUUUUUUACUCGCUGGGCUGACUGUGGGUCCUGUGGGAAGAGUGUGGUUGGGUCUGCGGCGCACCGCACCGAUGGCUUCCGUGCUGUCCUACGAAAGCCUUGUCCACGCCGUGGCCGGAGCCGUGGGAAGCGUGACAGCAAUGACAGUAUUUUUUCCCUUGGAUACAGCUCGACUUCGACUUCAGGUUGAUGAGAAAAGAAAGUCUAAAACUACACACAUGGUGCUCCUGGAGAUCAUUAAAGAAGAAGGCCUCCUGGCACCAUAUCGAGGGUGGUUUCCAGUUAUCUCCAGUCUCUGCUGCUCCAAUUUUGUCUAUUUCUACACUUUUAAUAGCCUCAAAGCAGUCUGGGUCAAAGGUCAACAUUCUACUACUGGAAAAGAUCUGGUAAUUGGAUUUGUUGCAGGAGUGGUGAAUGUGUUGCUAACAACUCCACUCUGGGUAGUAAACACCAGACUAAAGCUGCAAGGGGCAAAAUUUAGGAAUGAAGAUAUUGUACCAACCAACUACAAAGGUAUUAUUGAUGCUUUUCACCAGAUCAUUCGAGAUGAAGGAAUCUUGGCUUUAUGGAAUGGCACAUUUCCCUCCUUGCUGUUGGUCUUCAAUCCUGCCAUCCAAUUCAUGUUCUAUGAAGGUUUAAAGCGGCAGCUUUUAAAGAAACGAAUGAAGCUUUCUUCUGUGGAUGUGUUCAUCAUUGGUGCAGUAGCCAAAGCAAUUGCCACCACAGUCACCUAUCCCUUGCAGACGGUACAGUCGAUUCUGAGGUUCGGACGUCACAGACUAAACCCAGAAAACAGAACAUUGGGGAGUCUUCGUAAUGUUCUCUAUCUUCUUCACCAACGAGUAAGGCGUUUUGGAAUAAUGGGACUCUACAAAGGCCUUGAAGCCAAACUGCUGCAGACAGUCCUCACUGCUGCUCUCAUGUUCCUUGUUUAUGAGAAACUGACGGCUGCUACCUUCACAGUUAUGGGGCUGAAGCGUGCACACAAGCAGUGAGACACCUUACCCUGCAAAGUGCAGAAAGAUGCUCAACAGGGGGGCUUCCUUCUGUGUAAAAAGAAGCAGUUCUCCUUUUACUCUUGCUCCUUCCACCACACAUUUUACCCUCCUGGGCUUGAAACUCAUCUAAGGGGAAACGUAGAGUUAACUAGCUGGCCCUCUUGCCAACUUAAUUUUUAUGAUGGUUGGUUGGAUUUUGCAGGGGGGCUUGGACUAAUGAUCAUAUGAAAAGAGCACAUUGUUGGAAACCUAAAAAUGAAAGUUUGUGGGGGUUCUUUGGUUUUCUUAAGGGGAGUGGACUAUUGCUCUCAUGUAAUCUUUUCCAGUUAAAAUUUUUCUUAAAUUUACCAGCUGUUCUCUUUCCCCUCCCCCAGGUUCUAGGAUAAAUUUAAUACCAUGUAAUUCUCCUCAUGUACUUUUGUAUAUCUUAAUCUUGGUAUGUUCCUCACUAAAAAUAAUAUUAUGACUAUGCCGUGGGCAUGACUUUAUUUUUGUUGGGCUUUUUAACUCCUGCUUAAGGAAAGAUGUCUUCUUUAGUACAUGAGCUAUUUAUUUUGUGGGAGAAAUGAAAAUUAUUAAUCCUAAAUCAUUCUCUUAUAAACUAUUUGUAAACAUCACAUCAUUAGUAUUUGACAUAAUUAAAAAAUAUUUAUUUGGAGGACCAGCCCCACGGCCUAGUGGUUAAGUUUGGUCGGCAUGCUCCGCUUCGGUGGCCCAGGUUCAGUUCCCAGGUGCAGACCUACACCACUUAUUGGUGGCCGUGCUGUGAUGGCGACCCACAUACAAAAUAGAGGAAGAUUGGCACAGAUGUUAGCUCAGGGCUAAUCUUCCUCAGCAGAAAAAAACAAAAAAUCUAUUUUGAAUCAACCCUUUUAUUACAAAAGGCUUGAGGUUUUAUGUUCAUCCAUGUUAGCCCCAAUCAAGUCAAGCCCCAAUAAAUUGUCAGCGCAAAAGGCAUUCUUAAAAGUUGCCCUUUAUUAAGAUAUUACAUUGGGUUUACAACCAGCUGGUAAAAAUCACAAAAAAGGGGAGAGGAAGCAGAUACCUUGUUUAGGCUCUGGAAUAUUAUCUUCCUUUACAAACUCUUGGUGGAGGCUGUGUAUUUUGAGAAUAAACAUCUGAUUGAGGUUCUAUUUGGAAACAUUCCUUAGAGUCCUGCUACUCAAAGUGUGGUCCAUCAAGCAGUAGCAUUGAAAUCCCCUGGGAGCUUGUUGGACAUGCAGUUCCAGACCUUCUGAAUCAACUGCAUUUUAACAAGAUCCCCAGGUGAUUCAUACUCACAUUAAAGUUGGAGAGACCUUAGAGUUCCUGACCCAACAGGAGAUAUGAUUGUUUUCAAUUAUAGAAACCAAGACAAAGAUUUUUCUCAAAGGAAAGAUGGAUUAAUGUAUUAAAACAACCUCUGAAAAACUG